AAUUUUCUACUAGCAUUUGUACGGGUAUUGCCAAAAAUUUGUGUGGGACUAACAUUAAAAGCUGGAAGCCUCAUGAGGAGAGUUUUCUUGUUGGUCCAAGCUUUCGUUUCGGAAAACCCUAUCGGUAUCGUUCAUUCAUCAACCUCAACAAAACCAUCACAAACCAACAGCCCCAAUUUCAAAUCUAAUCCACGAAAAUUCACAAGUAUGCCGACACAAGAUUCCGCGAACCUUCGCCUUACCCCACAGCAGCGGGAGGCAGUGGAAAGACGGUCUCGUAUGACCCAAAGAAGGCAAGAACUCACAAGUCGGAUACGAAAGCAAAAGAAAAGCAAAUACAUACAGAAGAGAAGAGGUUUACAGUGUGGCGGUGUUGAUGUUGUCAAUUCCGCCAGACCAUUGAAUUUAUGCGUUGCAGAGUUCAGAAACCUGCUGAUAGCAUACUGCCAGACUCCGGAACGAUUGCUUCCGAGUGUGGACAAUUUCGUUGCGAAAACAAAAAUUACCUCCACCGCCGUUCGAAGCGCCGAAGACCCUCUCGUCCUAUUGGAGGCAAACGAUGAAGAUCUCGCGCUCAGAUUUCUGGACUGCCUGCGGCAACAAGCAAUUGACAUUUUUCCCAAUCAAAGCAAUCCAAUUUCGUUUCAAAGCAUCCUGAAGAUUCUUGUGCAUCUGACGUCAAUUUCUUCCGGUGAUGCCAUGGAAUCAUCGAUGACACCUUCUGUGGAAUAUUACGGGCGCCACCCUUCGACGUGGUCGGAAUUGAUAGUUUCGUCAUCGUCUUCUCCAACGAUAACUACUGCCCGAUCAAUUGAGAAAGCACCUUCUUGGUUGGAUAUCUUCGUCCAAGGACUCGCAUCUUCACGGGAACCCGAGCUGGUAAGCCUCGUUCUAGGAAACUUGGUGGGAGAUGAUGGCGCAGCUCAGAACGUCUUCCAGGCUAUAUCGAAAGAUUUUAAGUCGUCAAUGGUAGCCGGCCUCGUUCAAUCAGUGUCACCMGCUACUCCAACAGCAGCUUGGACGCUAACGAACAUGAUUCGGAAUGAUCCUCUUUCAUACGCGAGGACCUACUGUUCGGAAAACCUUUUGUCAGCUUCGCUCUUGGCGUCAUGGCUCAGAGAACCGUGCCUCGUUUCUCAGACGGCGUGGAUGAUUGCAUCGUUGACGGCAAGGGAAGAAGACGCGGUGCAAUAUCUUUCUGCCCAACAUUCCACUCCGGAGCACUCUCCCUUUCUUUCAGCCAUCGUCGAGUCUGUUCAAAACCCAUUGCAGACCGAUCAGAUCUUGCCGCUUGUACAAGCGCUGGGAAAUAUUUCAUGCCACUUGACGUUAGUAGCACCAUUGCUGACCAAGACUGCACCUGCUCUGGUCCCACUUUUACAGCACAUACUGACGACGACUCCGUCUCGGAAUCCAAUCCUGGCGAAAGCCGCAUGGGUCGCCGGAUGCCUUCUCGUCGAUGUCGGAACAGAAGCCCAUCCCUCUACGACCGUUGCCGCACCAGCUUUGAUUCCUGCCUUGAUAAAUCGCCUUGGGGACGUUAACGAAGAAAUUGGGGGAUCAAUGGGAACCAUGACGCUAGAAGAAGAGCGAGAAUUUGCGUCUUCCUUGUGGAACGCUUUGGAUGUGCCACCAGGUCCUGGUGGUCCGCAGGAACUGCCCCAGAAUUCCCUCUGGAGCAAUCACCCGACACAGUCAUCCCCUGUUCAGUUGCCUUUUGCUCUAAAUCUUCCAAGAUCGACAUUGCGAUCACUCGUCCGCCUAAUCAAUUCAAAUGAUAGCGAUGCUGUUCUCGCGGGAGUGCAUGUUAUAAGUUUGUUGUUCCAACGCGAAAAUGAUCACCAAAAUUUACAACGAAUCUUGGAAGAAGAAGAAUUGCCUUGUGCUUUGGAACAAGUCUGCGAUUCACAAAUGGAAGAAGCCGCUGAUGUGGCAGCCGAUUGCUUGGACGAUUAUUUCUACAAUGAGAACUAUGACAACGAUGAGUUGGUAGAAACCCCGUCUCCUUCGGCUGGUGGACCGCCAGUGCCUACAACAUUUCAUUUUGGUAUUGGUGCGGAAGCUCACGCAACGAAUAGAGGAGGGCGGGGCCGAGGCCGAGGCCGUGGUUCAACAAUUCCGGCAUGGAUGACGAAGUGAUACGAGCACAACGUCGUCGUGGCAAUCGCCACACUUCCACCAAGUCUAGAAUACGAUUGU